UUUUUUUUUUUUCUGUACAAUUCCUUCUUCAUCUAAUUUUCUUUUUUUUAUUAUAUUUUAUUUUAUUUUAAUAUCAUUACAGUUACAUUUAAAGAUGUUCAGAUCCUUGCCUUUACUGGCAAUUCUGUUAUUUUUAUUACUUUUGAAUUUAGUACAUUCUCUGGAAAACAGUAACAACAAUUUACUCAAACGACAACAACCUACACUUGCCAUUCGUGAUGACUAUUCUAGUUUUCCAUUCCUAAACGACAAUAACCAUCGCAGCAAAAGUAACAGUGAUAACGAUACAUCACCAACUACAACAAUGCAACCACCUCCUAGUGUGACAACCAUCAUUAUCAUUCAAACCAAUGGACAAACAUAUCAUGAACUUGGCGGAACGGGUGCUCCUUCUUCUUCUUCUGCAACAAAUAGUGAUGUUUCGGACCCAAAUGAAUCCAGUAUAGAAGCUCAAGUAGAUCAUGACAACGAAGUAUUGAAGCGAUUGAUCAGUAUUUCGACUGUGGUAGGUGGUGUAGGUGUACUUAUGAUUGUUGCCGGUACAGUAGUCAUUCUACGCAUACGAGCUAAACGAAGACGAAUGAAAUCUGUACAACAUUAUGAUCAUUCAACCUCUCAUUUACAUCGAAACAACAGUGGUAGUGGAAAUAAUCAUCGUCAUGAACGACAACCUUCAGGAACAUCUACAGCUACAUCACAUCACCCAACAACAACAACACCACAACAAUCAUUAUCUUCACCAAUGUCAGCAUCAUCAUCAUUAUCAACAACAACAAAUUGUCAACAUCAUCAUGGUAAUGGACAGGAAACUAUUGAAAUGACUACCAUUAUUCCAUCAGCACCACCAGAACCUACAUUGUUACCAUUACAUCUUAGGGAACGACAUCAACAAUCCAUGUUAUUACAAAGGGAAGCAGCGACAUCAUCAAAUUCGGCUUCAUCAUCAACAUCAUCACCAUUAUUGUCAACAGAUCUACCUGCUCCUUCGGCACCUUCGGCUAAAGAACUUGAAAUGGAUAUUGCCAUAUCACCAUCCGCAUUACCCUAUCGACAAGAUGUGGUCCCUUCACCAAAUUCAUCUAGAAAGACUUCAACAAAUUUACAUUUGAAACCAGUGGCUGGCUCCAAUGGAUUAUCAGACUUGAUGACUACAACUACAACAAUAAAUGAAGCAAGUUCUACUAAUGAUUCACAUCAACAACCACCAAUAACUCCUGAUAUGCCACCACCGGCUUAUACACCUAGUGCACCACCUUUAUUUUUAUUACCUCCUAGUCAACGUCGACGAUCAGCCGAUCAAUUAUCCUUGGAUAGGUUUAGACGGUAUCAAUGAGCAACAACCUACUUUAGAUCAAUUCUUUUUUUUUUUUAUAUCAAAGAUUCCCCCUUCAAUUUCUCCACCAUUCUUUUUGUAUCAUAGCCUAUAUAUUUCAGUGUAGUAUCUCCUUUUUAUUAUUAUUAUUAUUCUUAUUCUUGUUAGUUCUUAUUGUACUGGUCUUAUGCAUCUCUUUUUAUUUUUCUUGUCAUUUACUAUCAUUCAUCCCUUUAAUAAAAAAAAAUAUUUUUUUUUUCUCUCACACACACUAUUUGUCCCAUCUUUAGAAAAAUUCAAUUUAAAAAAAAAGGAGGCAGGUGCCAGCAUCGGGAUAUUGUCUUUGUUUAUGAAUGGCCGGCGUCAUAUGUUCUCUUGAUUUUUUUUUUUUAUUUUACACUUGUUAGUAGUAGAAGAAGAAGAAAGGUUGCUUGAAUAAAAGGGAAGAAAAGCAGAGAAAGUGC